AUGAACGCUAAUGAUAACUUCUACAAUAGAUCAACACUUACUGAAUGGCUGACGAGUGAUGGCAAUGGAUACGAUGUGGUGGAAGUUGACACGAUACUUCUCGGAGAUCUUGUCAAUGCCGGCCUAAUUGCUCCGCUAGUUGAUACAUCAAUUAAUCGCUCUGAUUGGCAUUUGGCUGCUAGCAGUGCUGUCCAAUUGAAUGAAGCACUUUACGGUGUACCUCAUAUAAUGUGUGGACUUUUUCUUUUUACCCGAGACAGUACGGUAGCUUCAUUGACCACAAUAGAUCAACUGACACAUGCUCUAAAUAAUGCAUCGACAAUGGAUUAUCGUCUAGUUGGAAAUCUAGACUCGAGUUGGGACUUACCCGCUUUAUGGAUUGAUAGCUAUCAGAAGACAUUCUCUUCUAGAUAUGCACUAGCAUCAGCUCUUCAUGAUUAUCAUAGGGUUUCAUUCGUAACAAUGCGAAAGCUAGCUGAACUCUGCAAUGGAAUUAGAGGAGAUAAUCCUUGUCUUAAUGGAAGAUUUAGGGACGAUUAUGAUGGACCAGCUUUGCUAUUUGCAAAUAAAACGGCUAAGGCUAUGUUUGGUUAUUCUGAGCGACUCUUUCUCGUUCGCAAAAAUGGAUUUCCUGAUGACUAUCAGAAUAUAAACGUUGUCCCAUUACCAUCAGGGUAUCACGUUAAUCAGCAAACCUUUUUUACUGAUGCAUAUGUUUUUCGACCAAAUAUGUCGAUUGAUGUGUCCAAAGCCGCUCUAUUGUUUGCAAAAUUCAUGGCAACUCCCAAGAUGCAGGCAGCUGUAGUUGCUACUGGCGAUGGUCCAUGUCACAAUAGAACUCCCCGCUAUCUUCUUCCUGUGUCGCAGAAAGCCUACGAUGAGCCGUUGUUAAAACAAGAUCGUUUCUAUCAGCAGUAUUUCCGAACAUUGACCGGGGUGCCCUAUCCGACAGUCGGGUUUUUUAAUACGCGUCAAGCACUUCAAGCCGCUAUUUGGAAGUAUGUCAAAUCUUCUAUAUGUCAUAAUGCCCGAUGUCCGUCCGUCACCGGCUCAAAGAUCAAAGAUCAAAGGUCAACAGCCAAAGAUAAAAAACAUCAACAAGAAAAGAGUCACAGGUCCAGGGGUAAAGGUUAA